CUAAGAUCUUGCAUCACGUCUACACCUCACCGAUUCCACCUCUUUCAAAGCUUCGCACAAUCCUUGAGUUUCAAUUCUUUGUCCCUUGCCUCCAGAUCUUCGCAUUUCUCUCCAGUCGCACAUCCCGUCAGCAGUCCACGGCUUCGUGCCUUUGCCGCAAUCAUGCCCGGCUUCGAUUUCAGCAACUACAACCGCAACGCAGCUUUACAUGCACGAGGAGUCCCUUUACCGAAAGCCACAAGUACCGGCACAACAAUCGUAGGAUGCAUAUAUGACAAUGGUGUCGUGAUUGCCGCAGAUACCAGAGCAACAAGCGGUCCCAUCGUCGCUGACAAGAACUGCGAAAAACUACACUACAUCUCGCCGAACAUCUGGUGUGCAGGUGCCGGUACUGCUGCAGACACAGAAUUCACCACCGCCCUUAUCUCCUCCAAUCUUGAGCUACAUUCUCUAUCGACAGGCCGGACACCGCGAGUCGUGACGGUGAUGACAUUGUUGAAGCAACACCUGUUCAGAUACCAAGGCCACAUCGGCGCAUACCUGGUCGUUGCAGGAGUCGACCCAACAGGUGUGGGACUAUUUACGGUGCACGCCCAUGGAUCAACAGAUAAGCUGCCGUACGUGACAAUGGGUUCAGGUUCAUUAGCUGCGAUGGCAGUAUUCGAAUCGACGUGGAAAAGAGACUGCACAAGAGACGAGGCUGUCAAGGUAUGCUCAGAAGCCAUCAUGGCUGGUAUUUUCAACGACUUGGGUUCAGGUAGCAAUGUCGACGUGUGCAUCAUUGAAAAGGACAAACCUACCCAACUCCUGAGAAACUACAUCAAGCCGAACGAGCGGGCCAAGAAGGAGCGAAACUACAAGUUUGCCAAGGGAACCACAGCUGUCUUGAAGGAGAAGGUGAUCACAAAGGAGGAGAUUGGCCGUUACGUGACGGUGCACGAGAUCGGCAAUGGAAGCGAUUCUGACAGCCUGGUGGUUGUGGAAAAGAUGGAUGUGGAUGAGGUAUAACCGUGAUGCGGGUUGGAUGGCUUGUAGAAGGCCCGGUUUCUCGACAUUGUAUUCGAACUGCGACGUCGUCUGGGAAAAGGGACAAUAUCGGCCCAAGACCGUGCUGGGGUUUGGGCGUUGCAGGCUGAGCAACUAUGCAUUGUGGACUGUGCCAUUAUCUGAGGAGUUCAGAGACCACUUGAAUAGCCCAUGACAGAGACUAUUCGAAGGCUCGAUUCCUGCCUUACUCUGUUUCCAUGUCUUGUACUCUCGCGGUUUGUUUGCAAGUACAGCGUGACUGGCCUUUGCCCGUCAUAUCGGUUAGGUCUCUUUUUGACUGGCAAUAGUAUUCUGAUGAUUGUCUCUGGGCAGAGGCGAGACGAACA